AUGGGGAGUCCCAUUUCUGCAAGCUUCCAAUUCAACAUCUUUGAAUGUGGAGGAAUCGGUAUUGGUUUGUGCAUAUCCCUCAAGAUAUCAGAUAUCUUUUCUUUUUUCGUGUUUUUCAAAAGUUGGGCUGCCACUUUUCGUGGUGAACCUGAUCAAGAGCGUCCACGGUUCGAAUCGGCCACACUCUUCCCCGCCAGGAGUCUCUUUGGAUAUGACCCCAGAAAUCCUAUCUUUGAAACGAAUAUUGUGGCGAAAAGGUUUGUUUUCAGUAAGUCUUCCAUAGAGGCACUUAUAGCCAAAUACUAUAAAGCGACAAAUACAGAAAAACUGCAACGCCCAUCUCCUAUUGAUGUCUUAUCAGCUUUCCUAUGGAACCAAAUCGUAGCUGCAACCAUGGUAGAAUGGAAAACACAUACAGUCCAUGAACUAGUUCACUACAUGAAUCUGCGGUCAAUCAUGUGCCCGCCACAAUCAGAAUACUCCUUCGGAAACAUCUCCUGGGCUGCCAAAACAGUUCCAUCUGUGGGGAAGCCGAUAUGGGCUGGUUCUCCGAGCUUGACUUUCAAAAAUUUUACGGACAGUACUGUAUCUGGUGAAGGAAUAGAGGCCAAGGUGCAAUUAACUGAGGAAGACAUGGUUAAAUUCCAAGAUGACACAGGGAGUUGCUCGAAUAAGUUGCUCCAACUGGAUGCCAGCUAA